GAAAAGACGUCCAGUAGUAAUACUGAUGCUGACCUUGAGAACGACCCUGAUGAUGGUAUUGAUGAACUCCGACAACUACCUGACGAUGAACAACAAGCAAUGAUUGUUAAGACAGUCACCAUCAAGGAGGCUAUAUCCGAGGUUCGAGGUCUUGCGUUUGCUAUCAUACGGUCAACUACGAUUGCCCUUCCUGCGUGGCGCCAACUAUGUCAGGAUGCCGAACUCAAACCCAAGCUGAUUCCCCGAGAUGUCAUUACACGCUGGAAUUCAACAUAUGACACUUUAGUGUUCGCUCUCGCAUAUCGUCAACCAAUCGAUUUAAUCACUGCGGAGAAGAAGUACAAAUUG